AUGGCAGGUAAACAUUCUUACGAAGUUUUCUAUACUAAUAUGGCCGGCGCCAUACCGUGCCUCAGUACAGUGAAAUCAAAACUCUAUCAAUAUGAUGGAUCAGUGCCGGAAGGUGUCAUUAAUGUGAAAUAUCUUAAGGAUUUUCUUAUUCAAAACAAUCUGCCUUUCAUCGUUUCCCUUAGUGAAGACUGCUCCGCAAUUGUAGCGAAAAGGGAAUAUGAUACCGCAUCUAAUUCCGUAAUGGGUGUAAGUUUACCGAUGGAAGCCAAUGGACUAAGGAAUCAAAAACUUGCAGUAGUCACAGAUGUCAAGUCCAUUGUUGAUGUGUUUGAACGUUUUCCCCGAGCUACGUUGAUGCUUGUCGUUAUGGCACAACCUCUAGUGGAUGGCAUUCCGCCAAUCCGCAUUCUCUACUUUUGUACCGACAACAAAUUCACGGCGGAAGACGUCACCGCUCGAAUGCAUACCAUUAUUACCGCAUUGGCAGCGGAGGGGAUUCUUGCUUUAGUGUGUUCCGCCGACGGUGAUGCUCGCGAAGUAAAGUUUAUGCGUGAGACGGAAGAACUUGGACUUCCCGUCCCUAAAAGCAUUCCUGUUGGCCAGGAAAUGCUAUAUACCCUCAAACAGAAAUAUUUUUAUUUCGCGGCCCUCAGAAUUCCAUGUGGAAUAUCAGUCCAAGAUCCCGUACAUUUAGUUGCGAAGGAACGCAUGAGAUUGCUCCGGUCAGAAAAAUUUUUAGCUAUCGGUAAUUUCAUUGCCUCUCCAGUGCACCUACAGACAGUGAUGAAUCAAUACGAUAAAAGUCGUCAUCUGUUAAAGCCAGAAGAUCUGAAUGCCCACGACAAAAUGAACUAUGGGUCCGCCGAGCGGCUCUGUCAGCCUCAUAUAUCUCAACUGCUUGAAAAUGUGGAAGGUUCGGAAGCCACACAGUUUUAUCUUAGGCUGAUGUACUAUUCCUCUUCGAGUUAUUUGGACAAAGCAUUGUCUCCAAUUGACCGAGUGUAUCGCAUUUGGUACGUGGCAUUCAGUUUACGACUGUGGCGCUAUUGGAUCACCUGCGAUAAAGCAUACACUCUGGCUGCUAAUUUCAUGACGCUAAACGUAUAUCUCUGUGUGGAGUUCAACGCUCACGCUUUGGUACUCAUGAUACUGGCGCUCCAAGACAAGCCAGAAUCUUUCAAACCGUGGCUUUGUACAAGCCAGCCAUGUGAAAGCUAUUUUCGGGGUGGCCGCUCCUGUACGGCGAAUUAUUCAACAAUGAUCAACUUUACUGCUCGCGAUUUUUUAAAAUGCCGAUGCCGCAAAAUAGAUGCUACCAUUCGCCUGACAGCAGAGGGAGUGAAGGAUGGCUUGUCAUAUCCUCGUUUCGAGCGCCCCUUUGAUCAGCCACCAAACACGAAGGUGUGGGACAUGCCAUCCAUGGAAGAAAUGGACAUCAAAAUACGUUUAGCUCUCACAGACGCCGAAGAAGACUUGAAAAAAUUAGGUUUGCGUGUAUCUGGCAAAAACAACCCAGACCAAAUUGUCACUGUUUUCAACCGAGAGUCUUCGGAAGAUGUCUCGGAAGAUGUCCUGAGAGUAGACGCGGAUAAUGACGAGUUUGAUGCCCUUUCCGCUGUCAUGAACGGAACAUUUCGGGAUAUUUCUAAGACUCAUCCUGUUCAUAGCAAUAUUGAAAACACUGCUUUUGCAACUAUUGCCCGGUCUGAUGGCCACAUACAGGUUGUUUCAAAACAAACAAUUUGUUGGUUUCUUGAGGGAAUUGUGUGGAAAAAUAGUCGCGACCGCAAAUGGAGAUUUAAAGGCUGCCCGUCUGGUUUUUUUGAAAAACAAAAGAAGAUUACAACUGUGGAAAAAAUGACUCUUAAAAAGGGCCAUUGGGCAGUUUUUAUUACAAUUGAUGGAAAGGAUUAUCUGCUCGGGCAGGUUCUAGCUUUAGUUACAGUUGAUGGCAAAAUCAACAACUAUAUCAGUGAGUAGGGGGAUGAAAAAAUUGAAAUUCGUGCUUUAUGUCAGUGGUAUGACAUGGAGAGGGAAAACGGAAAGUUUACGGGUAAAUUAAAUAGAACAUUUAUGUUCAGUAAUGGUUAUUAUUCAUGCAAAUACUACAUCUGUACUUGUCCCGUCCCUAAAGUGAUGCAAUUUGAUGAUGGUCAUUGUCUAAUGUUGGAUCAAACAGCCGUUAGUCAGCUGUCCCGAUUUUGUAAAUUUCAGUAAUAAACUGUU